AAGGAUUUGUGAUGUGACGGCGGCGGACGAUCCUCGAGCGGAUGAGACAAAAAGACACCGUGAAUGCCAUGAGACGUUUCCGAUAGUACCCCGCAAAUCACGUGUGUGGGGGGUGCCUCUGCCCAUCUGUUAUCAGGUUACCACCACGUACUAUCAACUCAUCACUAUCCAGAAACCAGCAUCAUGGCUACUCCGGUCGAGUUUCUCCCUCCAGCUCUUGCAGAGGACACUCUACGUGCCUUUGCCGCGUCUCAGCACCUCCCGAAUCCCAUUGCCAUCCAAGCGUUGACCGUCACAGCCGAAUACCACUCGAUCUAUGUCUUGUCAUUCAGCCCCGACGAUGGAAAGGCCAUUUCUCCCUCCCUCGCUAUCACCCCCGAUGGCUCUGUUGAUCUGAUCCUCCGCGUUUCAGGCCAGCAUAUUCCCCGUAUCAAGACCGAAAAUGAAGUGGCCGUGAUGACCUGGGUGCGGGAGAACACUACCAUCCCCAUCCCAGCAGUGAUCCGAUAUGACGCCACGCCUAAUAACUUACUCGGGCAUGAAUUCUCACUCCUGGGGCGUGCUCCGGGGAAGGCUCUGCAUCAGAUCUAUGAUGACCUGUCCCAGGGGCAGCUGGAACAGAUUGUCGACCAGAUCAUUGAUAUCCUUGUGCAGCUUCACAAACAGUCCUGGCACAGCAUCUCGGGGCUUGCCUUCUCCCCAUCUUCUCAUGCGGUCAUUCCAGGUCGGGUGGUCGAGGAGACCUUCUGGCAAGCCCCCGAGGUGGCUCGGCACUUCCCAUCCUCUGAAUCGGUUGACACCCUCAACCUCCAAGGACCCUAUGAAUCGUACACUGCAUAUAUUGCGGGGUCGAUCCGUACAUAUCAGCAUAUCAUCCGCCUGCAUCCAUCCCUCGAACCAUUCCGGGAUCUUCUCCCCCGGUUGGAUGCCUGGGUGGACGCACUUGGUCAGCAUCCAGAGCUGAACAAUACGCGCUACGUGCUGGCACACAAGGACCUCCAUAUGGCCAAUAUCAUGUACGACGAAUCCACCGGACGCAUUACCGCGAUCCUUGACUGGGAAUUUUCCGGCGUUGUCCCCAGCCAGCGGUGGGAUCCGUCUCGGGCAUUUCUAUGGAAUGGCCAGCGCAGUGCCAGUGCUGCGGAGGAGCAGAAACGGCUACGUAAGAUGUUUGAGGAGCGGUGCGAGGCUCGUGGGGUAGGUGAGCUGCUGGACGAGGCAGAACAUACCUCUGCGUUGCAGGAGACCAUGCAGGAGGGGAUUUCCUACUUGCGGGCCAUUGUCGAAGUUUGUCCGCGGGGGCAGAAACAGGAUAAGGUUGGGGGGUGGCGAGCGAUGGUGGAGGCUUGCCUGGAGGCGUUUGACGUUUAGUUUCUAUGUAGACAGAUUGUCUGGCAAUAAUCGCAGUGAAAUACAGAACCAAGUCCAGUACAAGAUGUAGUCCUAGAUCUUAUGCGUGGCCUUCGCCGGAUCAUC